GAAGCCACAUCGUAUCCGCUGACUUGUGUUUGCCUCUUUUUUUUUUUUUCGAGUUUCAAGUGCAAGUUCCAUCCGUCGCGUGCGCUAUUCGUUUCUCGGUUGACAUUUUUUGUUUUGGAAAAGAAUGACUGUGACUACCAUCGGCAUGAUGCGUCCUUGCUUCACUACCGGCUACCCAUUUCAAGGUCAGGGACGUGUUAAUCAAUUGGGUGGUGUUUUCAUCAACGGAAGGCCAUUACCAAACCACAUCCGGCUGAAGAUUGUCGAGUUGGCGGCUGCUGGAGUGCGCCCGUGCGUAAUUUCACGUCAGUUGCGCGUCUCUCACGGUUGCGUCUCCAAGAUCCUCAACCGAUACCAAGAGACUGGCAGCAUCCGUGCCGGAGUCUUGGGUGGAACGAGACCUAAGCCGAGCCUUCAUCCGGACAUCCAGCGUCGUAUCCAAUCUUACCGUAUGGAGAAUCCCGGUAUCUUUUCCUGGGAAGUGCGCGACAGGUUGAUUAAAGACGGCCUGUGCGACCGAUCGACGGCUCCCUCGGUCAGCGCUAUCUCGCGGCUCAUGAAAGGCAAAGACGAAGCCGCCGAGACCGUUAAGCUGGAAAAAGGAAAUCAUGGAACGAUGAAUAAUCUCAACGGGUUGGCCAACGGGAGCAUCGGCAGCAACAACAGCAACGAUCUGGAUGCUGGAACGGGCUCCGACUGCGAUUCGGAGCCGGGCCUCUCGUUGAAGCAGAAGCAACGCCGCCAUCGGACUACCUUCACGGCCCAGCAGAUGGACGAAUUGGAGAAAGCUUUCGACCGUACUCAAUACCCCGAUGUUUACACGCGUGAAGAACUUGCCCAGCGCACGAAACUGACCGAGGCAAGAAUCCAAGUUUGGUUCAGCAACCGACGCGCUCGUUUGCGUAAACAAGUCAGCCCGUCGUCCGGUAGCAGCAGCAGUGGCACUUAUCAGCCGCAACAAAACGUGUCCGUUCAUUCCGGAUUGACUCCGUCACCACCGGCCGCAUUGCCGUCCAGCGCUGCCGGACCGUCGCCCACAGCCGUGUCCAGCAGUUACGCAUCGUCUGUGGCCAGCACUUACCCGUCCAUCCAUCAGCAUCAAACACUUCCUGUUACUGGGUCGGGAUUGUCGGCCGCUUCGACCAUGUUCCAGCAUCAUCACACGGCCGAUUUCGGUCCGGCAGGUCGUCAUUACGGAGCUGCCGCCAGUAGCCUAUCGCCGGCCUCUUCCACAGUGACUCUACCGACCGAGAUGACCUCCAUCUCGCCCAGCUACCCGACCGACACCCAUCACUAUCAGAUGUACCAGCAUCACCAAGCGACUCAGGAGAGCUGGAACAACUUGCAACAGCAGCAACAAAAUCAGCAGCAUCAGCAACAGCAAUUGCAAGUAGUUCAACAACAACAACAACAACAACAACAGCAAAUCCAGCAUUUGAAUCAAUGCGCUGCCGCAGCUGUGACUAACUACUCGUUCGACGGUAUCAACUGCUCAUCGGCCGCACACGCAGCCGCCGCCGUGGCCGGCCACAUCCAUCACCGGCCCAAUCCGUAUCAUGCCCCUUUCCCAUCCAUGUACGGAUGGUAUUGAUUGAAUCGCAUUUGAUGUUUCACUUCAAAUAAUUUCAUGUGCAAAAACAAUUCCAGUUAUAUUCAUCAUAUUAAUUGCACAUUGCCUUUGUAAACAACUCUAAUUUCUUUCUUUUUUUAUUUCAUGUGUGUAAAACUGUACAAAAGAAAAAUGUUUUGGAUUUAAACAAUACAGUUGAUUCUGUUUCGACAA